CCGUAUAAUAUUUGUUUACUUGACAAAUAUAGCGAUUCUUCCUGUUCUAGUCACAUCUGAUGAACAGACAAGUUAGAAUAGAAAGAGAUAUUUCCUCUAUAGUGUAAAAUUGAUUCUCUUCUUCAUUUUUUUAUAUUUUAAACACAGCGGAUGUAGUAUUUUUAAAAGAAAUCAUGCCUACAAAAGUCUACAGAUGAAUCUAAAUGUGCAGGGAUAAAUAAACCAAACUAUUCCAUUUUCAGAGAAAUGUUCCAAAAAUGACAAUGUUAUGGUAGAUAUAAGACACAAGUGUCUGUAUUUAUAUCGCUGCAAUGAGUCUUCAACACGAUAUAGAGAAAACAGGGUACCGAAACUGGGUCAAAGGUGGAUUGGCGUAUAAAUAUCUCAGACAGGGUAUAGCAGAUUUCACCGAUUAUGCGGUUAAGAAGGAACAUGAAAGAAUUCUUUCAACAAUAAAACACAUACCUGGGACCUUGUGUAACUCUUGUUUUCUUAGAAGUCUGAGACCUUUACAUGUGUGCAAGGUAAAUCAUAAUGGCAAAAAUAAAUGUCCUUUUGACAUAAAAGGAUGUGGCUGUUUUUGUCCAAAGAAUACAUUCCCCUGUCCUGCUAACAUCUGUGAUGCUAUUCAUAAAGAAAUAAUAAAUUGCCAUGGCUCCAUGCCCCCUGAUCCUAACUGGAAAAAUACAGCCCUACAUAAAUGGUGUACCAGUCCAUGGGAGAUUGGAAAAUGUUAUAUCAAAGCUCCGGGAUAUACAAAGAUGAAAAAGGCAGUAGAUAUAGACAUAGCAGGAUUGCUUCAUGUAUUAAUAAACAACAUUAGUCUCAAAUCUCAUCUGUCAGAUACAUUGAACAGCAGCGGGAUGCUUGAAAAGACACUGCACGGAAGAAAUAAUCUAUGCCAUUCUGCAAACAUGGAGCUUGAUGAAUCUGAACUGAAUGAUAUUAUAGAUGAUAUGAUAAGAAUACUUGAGGACAGUGAGGAACUGGGAGCAAGGUGUGAUGCAAAAGAAGCGAUCGCUAAUUUAAAUCAGUUAAAGGAAAAGACGUUUAUUAUUACUACUAAUGAUGAGGCAGAAGUGUUCAAACAAUCUUUUAACCUUCUUUCUGAAAAAUGCGAGGAAUUAACCCGUACCAUUCAAGAGGCAAAGGACGAUAUUGGUGCGAGUGGUGCAAAACAUAUUGAAACAAUUAAAGAUACGACGAGAACAGUUGUUCAAGACUUUUUGAAAGAAGAACGUGAAAAAACGGAUAAGAUCCUCUACGAUCGAGUCGAACGCCUUGAAUCACGACUGGCAUCAUUAGAAACUGAAUUUCACAAAUUUGAAAGCUUGCGUGUUAAACAUCUAAAUCAAUUAGACUUCGUACAGGCAAAACUUGCACUUCAGAAAAGAUUAGUACACCUUUACCAAACUCAUUACAUAAAAACAUCGAUUUCACCUUUGAAAUCACAAGAAAACGACUUGAAUAUUGAAGACAUGUACAUAUUUCCAAACAUGACCGUGGAAGACAAGAAGAAAGGGGACAAGACACAUAACUUACAUCGGACAAGAGAUUCACAAUACAUUUCAAGGCCCGUAAGUCAUUAUCGAGAUAUACUACAAACAAAUGAUAAACAACAUAGAAGUAUAUAUAUUGUAGGCAACGUAGGUACUGGAAAAAGUGCCUUUUGCAAAAUGAUGAUUCAUAACUGGUGUUUAGGCAUAUGUGAGAGUGAACGGCAAAGGUCUGGUAACAGUCCUGACAUCCAUCAACAGGCUAAAGAAGAUGUUAGUGUUGAUGAUGAAAUUAUGCAUGAAAAUGGUUCCUUAAAGAUAUUAGAUAAAAAUAAGUCUAUGCCAUCUGAUGAAUAUGAUAGCAGUGAAGAUGGUGAAACAAUACCUUCAACCGGAAUGCACGUCAAAGGGGAUUAUAAUGAAGUUUUUUCAAAAACAAACAUUGAAAAUAUGAAAGAAAUCAAACAGUUUGAGUUUCUCUUCUUCGUACCAUUAGAACGAAUGUCUGGUUAUGGGAGUUUCAUCGACAUGAUAAAAUCAUUUGCCACAUCUACCGAUCUUUCAACAUCAGAAAUCAUAGAUAGAAUAUUUGCCACAGAAUCUGAACGCUGCCUUGUCAUUGCUGACAGUUUGGAUGAAUGGAUUCCUCCAGAACCUAAAGGUUUAUUACCACAUGAAAGUUACGGGUUACCCAGUAGAAACCAACUACAGGAUGCAAGGAUCAUAACAUUGUCUCGGCCUUCAGCAAAGGGUAUUAUCAACAUGAAAUCUUCUGAAUGUGACCAAAGAAUCGACUUGUUAGGAAUAAAUGUAAAACAUAUGAAAAUGUUCGUAAGAAAAUACCUUGCACAAAAUGACCAAACUGAUCAAUCAUGUAAAUCAUUUUUAGACAAAAUUAGAUUGAGCAAAAUUGAAAAAUUAGAAAAUAAUCCUCUGCUUUUACAACAGCUUGUAUGGUUUUUCUGUAUGGAGAAUGAUAUUGGACGAUCUGCAACUGAUAUAUACAGUCAUUUAUUGAAUAUCAUGAUUGCUUGGUCAGAGGAUAAAACAGGGGAUGUAUGUUUGCAAGAUAUGUUCCUCACCGAUACUAUAGUACUGCCCGAUCUUUUACGCAGAUUUCCAAGAUGUGAGGAAAACAAACAAUUUCUGUUUCAAAUUGGAAGUGUUGCGUUCAAAUUAUUGGUGGAGACAAGAACAAGUACUUUCAGUCGGGUAUUUCUAAAGGAGAAUGGUUUAUCAACACAAUCAAUACAGAAAGUAAUCGAUCUAGGUAUUGUUGUUGAAGAGAAAUGCUUUAAUCCUACAAGAGAGAGAACUGCGUUGAUAUUCAUCCAUAAAUCUUACCUGGAGUUCUUUGCAGCUCUUUAUUUAGUCAGCCAAUGCCACGGAGUGCAUAAUACUGCAUCAGGGAUGAAUCAAAGCAAAACUACAGCGAAUGUAUUCCAUGACUUGCUUAAAGAUUUCGAGUCAGUUGCAGCUAUAUUGCAGUUAUCAAACGUGUUGAAAAUGGUAUGUGGAAUGUCACCCGGUUCUAUUAAAGAUAUUACAGAGGUCAUUUGCUAUAUCGCAAGCAUUGAUGAUGAUAUGAGAAGGGACAGGGACUCGUACUUCUUUUACGAGGAUAGUUUUCUGAUAGACCAAAUAACGCGUCUUAUAUCUGAUUGCUUUCAAGAAGGAGACUUAAAUGAGCAGGUGAUGAUACAUAUGUGUGAUGUUCUUGUUUAUUGUGGUACUAACGUUAAUACAUUGCACCAAAUUGUCAAAGACAGCGUGAUUAGUUUUUGGAAUUAUCAAUAUUUUGAUUCGGAGUCAUUUAGAUGGGUAAUAGGCCUUACUCGUCUUCAGUAUAUGGAUGUUGCCAUUUACGAGUUACCUCAUGAUUGUAUGGAACAAUUGUCAUCAUUCAUACAGAAGUCACCUCUAAAGGUUAUAUCGUUGUACAGUUUAACUUGUACGACGGAAAAGUGCGAAGGUCAUUUGCUUGACCUUGGUAUGCAACAGAAUAUCCAGAAACUUGACAUUAUUUGUAAGAAUGUAAUCAUUUCUGAUAUCAAAACUCAAAAUCUAAAAUAUCUGCGUGUUAAUCCUCAUAGCAUCUUGCAUUUUCGUAAUUUGUCAAACGCUGGAUGCCUUACAGAACUGCAAUUGGUAAAUGAUCUUGAUAAAAGAUUUUUAUUUACUGAAGACAUAAAUUAUGUUUUGCACACGCUUCACCAGCUAGAAACGUUUACGCUAUUUUUUGUUGAUAUUGCCAGUAGGUCUUUAACUGUCGAUUCAAAUAUGACGAAUCUCAAAGAAAUUUGCUUUUACGGGAUCACAAUGGAUAUGGAAACAGCGCAAAUGUUUGUUGACAGUCUCUUUGAACUUCCAAAUAUUGUUAACGUACACAACCUCGGAGUGGAUAUAGAUGCAUAUUUGAAUGUUGUUAAACGUACAAAUAUGCUGGAAGUGACGCGUAUGCCUUUGCCUUGUGAAAAUGAUGGAUUGCAAAAUUGUAAAUUCAACACUGUAAAAUGACUUUUCUCAUCACAAACAUCUUUAAACAUGUGAAUUCCAAGCCAUCUGGCAAAUUGUUCGAGUAUUUAAAGUUUCGGGAAAAAAGUAUGUUUGGUUCUACUACCAUUUACCUGUAGCCAUCAAUAACACUUUACUGCAGUGAUAUUCAAUUUGAUUCAAUUACUACAUACAUAUAGCAUGAUCAAAGUGUUUUUAUACCCCCACAAAACAUAGUUUGUUUGUUGUUGUUUUUUAUUUCCGGGGAUGGGGCGGGAGGGGGGCUAUAUAGGAACACUUUGUCCAACUAUCUCAAGAACUACUUAAGAAUAAACUCGACUCACAACUCUGAUAGUUAGUUGGAAAAUAGCCAGAAAUGUACCAAAGUAGCUAUAGCUUUGUUUUUAAUAACGAAUUGGCUUCAUACUUGGACACAACAAUCAUUCACGGCGACACAAACUUAAGUGACGACAUCAACAUCAGUAUAUUUCAGGCAGUCCAAAUAUAUAUCCGAAAUAGCAAACGAUUUCCAUAGUCUAUGCUACAUCUACUGCUCCUCCAGUAUACUUACCGAAUAGAUUUUCCUCUUUCUCUUUUCUAUUUUUUAUUACGUUAUGUUUCUUUUCUAUCUCAAGUUAUGAAAGUCUAAAACUGAAUACACUUAUUAACAAGACAAGUAUUGCAUUAUAUCUAUUAAGUCCCUGUUUCUACUCCUUUCAGGUAUAAACACCUACUAUAUGUUUUUGUUUCGUAGGUCGUUAUGCUAUCUUUUUUCAUGUUUCUUUAAUCUACUAGUAAUAAUAAUUAUUUUCUCUUCUUAUUAAAUAUUUCAAACGUUUUCAAACCCGUCUUAUUUAUAGUAAUUAAAUUUAUGUUAGGAAAAGGCCUUUAUAAGCAUUUUAUGUUUUAGGAUCUGAUCUUUUUUCAGCAUUGUAUUAUGUUAUACAAUAUUUAUGAUAAUUUUGUCUGUACAAAAUGUUCGAAAUAAAAAUAUGUUUAAACCGAUCAUCUGUAAUGCUCCUGUAAGUUGAUUAGAUUGACCUUGACCACGAGUCCAUAAAUGACCUUGACCUUAAAGAUUAAAAAGUUGAACUUUUCUGAUUUUUUGGUUGUUUUUUUUUUUUUUUUUUUUGCUGUAACUCUGUAACUUUAUUAUUUAUGAAUAGAUUGUCUACUAGUAUAUAUAAGGCACCCCAUCUUUAAAGACAA